AUGCCCGUGAUUGAUUCUGAUCUCAUCAGGGACGUAUCGCAGUACUUCAUCGACUAUCCCAUUGAGAAGCCAUACGACAAGAAAUUCGGUGAACUCGGCCGACGCUGUCGAGUCUUGCGUGACUGGUUGACUUACGCUGAGAAGGCCGAUCCCACCACCCGAGAUGUCCUCCUCGCUGCUGUCGAACGAGUAGCUCUAUCGACGUUUCCCUAUCUGCAAAACCCCUCGAUACAACCUCCAUCGGAGCGUCCCAUCUCGGAUCUUCGUUCUUCUUUUGAGCCUGGCUCAGCAGGCAUCGUAGUCCCAACCAGCGACAAGACCCUCCGGUUUGCCGCGCAUCUCAUCGGUUCUAUCCGUUCUGUCCUGGGAUCCAACCUGCCCAUCCAAGUCGUCUAUGCCGGUGACGCCGAUCUGGGGCCACAGAGCCGAGAUUAUCUAUCCAGUUUGGCUGAGCAGGGCCCACCCAUCGAAUUUCUUAACAUCAUGGCCGUCUUCGAUGACAGCACGCUGCAACUGCAAUCGGGCGGGUGGGCAAUCAAGGCGUUUGCCGCGCUGGCCUCGCGGUUCGAGAGCGUUGUUCUCGUCGAUGCGGAUGCCGUCUUUUUCCAGCCCCCGGAAGUACUCCUCGAGCAUGACGCGUUCCUUCGAUCGGGAUCCCUCCUCUUUCACGACCGACUGCUGUGGAAACACCGCUUUGCCGACCGCCACGAAUGGUGGAGAGACCAGAUCCGACGCCCGAGUCCAGCGAUGAACGUAUCCCGCGUGUGGACAGAGGACUACGCUGAAGAGGGCGACUCGGGGCUAGUGGUCAUGGACAAGAGCCGCGUCGAUGUCCUGGUUGGCUUGCUUCAUGUCUGUUGGCAGAACACACACGCGGUACGCGAGGAAGUGACAUAUAGAAUCACCCACGGAGACAAGGAGAGCUGGUGGAUGGGCAUGGAGCUCGCCGGCGCCGGUUAUGAGUUCUCGUCGCAUUACGGCGGAAUUGUCGGGUGGACAGACAUGGAUGGAGACCGUCCGAGGGUUUGCAGCUUCGUGAUCGCUCAUGUUGAUGCAAAGGAUCAACUGCUGUGGUGGAACGGAAGCCUCUUGAAAAACAAGGGAGUCCCAGAGAUGACGAAAGUGUACGACAUCCCGACGAACUGGAUGAUCGAUGCCGAAUGGCUGAAGGGCGACACGAAGCAGGACAUGAGCUGUAUGAUUGGAGGCGAGGUUCGCAACCUCACGAAUGAUCAAACCCAUACAUUGGAGAGAUCAGUGGAAUUGGCGAAGCGCGUCGAUGCUACCUUGCUGCCUCCGGAGGGAAUGGAUAUUGUAUAG